AUGCUGGGAGAGAGCCCAUCCGCCGCCCGGCCGCUGCUGCGAGCGGGACCACCCCUGGCGCUGUGCUACACCUCAGCCCUCCUGGUGCUCGCCCUCUCCGCGCUGCCCGCCGGCCGCGCUUCCCACCCCCUGCCCGGUUCGGAGUGCCAGGGCGGCGGCAAGGGGAAAGGCAUCAACUGCUCAGAGUUAAACGUAAGGGAGUCCGACGUUAGAGCGUGUGAUGAAUCUUCAUGUAAAUAUGGAGGAGUAUGCAAGGAAGAGGGCGACGGCUUGAAAUGUGCGUGUCAGUUCCAGUGUCACACAAACUAUAUUCCUGUUUGUGGAUCCAAUGGAGACACUUACCAAAAUGAAUGCUUCCUCAGGAGAGCUGCUUGCAAGCAUCAGAAAGAGAUAACAGUGGUAUCAAGAGGACCUUGUUAUUCUGAUAAUGGCUCUGGAUCAGGAGAAGGAGAGUAUGAAGGAUCUGGAACAGAAGUUCAGAGAAAACACUCCAAAUGUGGGGUUUGCAAAUAUAGGGCUGAAUGUGAUGAAGAUGCAGAAAAUGUUGGGUGUGUAUGCAAUAUAGACUGCAGUGGAUACAGUUUUAACCCUGUAUGUGCUUCUGAUGGGAGUUCCUACAACAAUCCAUGCUUUGUUAGAGAAGCGUCCUGUCUGAGGCAAGAGCAGAUCGACAUCAGACACCUUGGACAUUGCUCAGAAGCAGACGACACAAACGCAGUUGGAAAGAAAGACGACGGCAUGCAGUAUCGGCCAGAGGUGAAAGAUGCCAGUGAUCAAAGAGAAGACAUUUACAUUGGAAACCACAUACCUUGUUCAGAAAGCUUCAAUGGCUACUGUAUACAUGGAAAAUGUGAAUUCAUUUAUUCCACUCAGAAGGCUUCCUGCCGGUGUGAAUCAGGAUAUACUGGACAGCACUGUGAAAAGACAGACUUUAGUAUUCUUUAUGUUGUUCCAAGUAGACAAAAGCUUACGCAUGUCCUUAUUGCAGCAAUAAUAGGAGCCGUACAGAUUGCCAUUAUAGUUGCAAUUGUCAUGUGCAUAACAAGAAAAUGCCCCAAAAACAAUAGAGGACGUCGGCAGAAGCAAAACCUAGGCCAUUUUACUUCAGAUACAUCAUCCAGAAUGGUUUAA